GGUGAACACUUUGAUCAGUCUCAUGUGGCUCUACCAAAUGUUUCAAAGUUCUUCUUGCAUCAAGCUCUGGAGGAGAGAAAAGCUGCAGAGGCUUUGAUGAAGUAUCAGCAAGAAAGAGGAGGCCAUUACUGUUCUAAAACCAUCCAGAAACCAAACACUGAGUAUGCAGUUGGUCUGAUGAAAGCCCUGGAAUUAGCAAUGGUACAGUGGAAGACUAUGAUACGGUAUUUUGAAGAGCUUUAUGCCCUGAGUAUUGAAAAUGCAGACCCUCACAGCGCAAGCACUAUCAAGAAACAAUUUAUCAGACCCAAAAUCUGGAAGAUCAAGCUGAUGGGAGAUCUGCUGACCAAUGCUCGCAGGCUUGACUGCUCCCAAGAUGGCAGAAAUAGUCUUGGAGAUUACUUUAUGGACCGGUUGCAGAAAGAGUUCAGAACAGGCAUAGAGCCAGAGUCUAGUCAGCACUGCAGCCCCUGCCCACCUCUCCAGCAGCAUACAGGAGCUGCAGAGGGUCUGAAGCGACCCCAGAGAGAAUCUUCCCAGCACAGAAACGGCAUAGGGCCAAUAUAUGCAACCAUCCACUGCACUGCCACGCUGCCACAGUGCAGUGAUGGGACAGCAGCAAAAGGGAAGCAGGGCAGGGAGGGACUUUAAUGCUGUGGCUGCAGGAGCUACAGGGCAGCUCCUACAGCAGACCUCUAUGGAGGGUGGCCUUGAGACCAGAACUCGGGGGACAUGAUGCUGUAUUGCUCCUCCUGCUCUACACCCUGUCCCCUUGUCCUCUGUUGAGCCACAGCUUAAAAUCUAGCCAGUACCUUUAUUUUGUCAAAAUGAUAGCGAAGUUGCUAAUUACCUUGGUUGUUGGCAUUAGUUGCACUUUCAUCUAUGCAAUUCCUAGAAGCCAAAAGCUUUUAAGCCUCUCUUCUGUCUUAAAUGAUUAAUAGGAUUACGUACUGCAAAUUAUUUUAACAGUAUAUAUGACUUUUAU